UUCCUGGGACCGUGAACAGCAAUCACCAGCGGUGGAUGGCCGGACGGAGGUAGCUGCUGUGGUGCAAGAGCUGGCAUGCCGGGAGGGUGAACUGCGACCGACGACAUCCAGCACGCGCGCUGAGAAAUGGUACCAAUACACGAAACGAGCCUCCUCCUUUCUGGUCGUCGUCGGUCGGUCGGUCGUUGGUCGGUGCUCCUAAUAGUUCUGAAGUUGUUUACUGUUACAAGGGUUCUCGCUACAUGUGGGCCUCCUUCCGACCUCCUUUAGGUGCUAUGUACCAAGGCUCCCACAGCAAGUGGAAGUCACCCUUUGUGUUGGGCGCGCGCUCUUGGAUACGGUGUAGCAUGAGGUGUCGACCGGUACUUGAGGUGCCUUGCCUAGAAGUAGUGACGUAGAUUACCUACCUCUCGGCGAGGGAAGUGGAAUGAGUUCGGAAGUGGCACGGCAGGGCUCAGGGCUGUUGGUGGGAAAUUAAGGAUCCGAGUUCCAGUGAAAUCGCCUGGCGUGGUGUGGACUUUGGUCAGUUUUGUUGUGACCGCGAUUCGAGACGGUAGCCAAAAGGUGAUGGUCUUCUGCGAGGAAUAGUUAAUUUUCAUGGUCAUUGGUGCUGAUAGGCUAAUGAAUUGGUACUAGAGUGAAAGUGCAUUGGGAGUGUUACAUGAAACCAAUUCCAGUGUGUUGUUGGUAAUAUUCAAGUUUGUGUAGAGCAAAUCAAUGAAUAGCAAAUAAGGCCCCGGAAAAUUACCGAAGCCAUCCGAAAUCAUAAAAACCGCAGCCAAAUUGGCCGAGUGAUCGGAGCCGAUAAAAUCAGAGAACCCUUUUCUCGUCGAAGAACAAACUGGGUAAACCACAAAAGUCAAAAAGGAUCAUCGAAAACGACGUUUGUGAGUGCAGAAAAACACAAGUGAAAGUGAAAUUUCAGAAAUUUUCACCGGAGAACAGUUUUCCCCCUUGCACCUGGAGCACAGCGAAACAGGAAGUCAGUGAACGACCGGUACAGAUUCGCAGUAGUAGACGGAAGAAAGAUAGAAAAAAUAUGGGUUGUGCAAGCAGUUCGCCGCUAAUCAACGGUGGUGGCCCCGGUGGCAUUGUGGAAACGGCGAAGGAAACAGCCAGCAAGACGGCGACCGAGGUUCUGCACGCCGGGGAAAGUGCAAUUCACGAUGUUGGAGAGCACAUGAAAGAUGCAGUUAAAAACGUGGCUAGUGAAAUCGAAGGUGUACUGGGAGGCAAGGCAGUCAGCAAAGACAAGAGCGAUCACGUAAACGAAAGCGAUCUUCCUCAGCUGAACGGACACGAUAAGGACGACUCGGACUAUCAGAUUAUUCCUCUGAAAGACCCGAAUAAACCCAGCGUCGACGAAAGCCUAGAAAAUAUGAAAAAUAAUCUUCUGAAAAAGGCACAAAGCUUCAGCGAUGACACGGAAAAAAUGGCCGACGACAUCAUGAAGGAAACGGAAGAUCUCAUUCGGGACGCCGAGACCGGCAUUGUGGAUCAAGGGAAAGACAUGUUAACGCGAAUAACUUCAUCGGAAGAUGGUACGAUUGAAAUUCUCAACUUAGAAGGUAAUAGCACUAGCUCUCCGACUCAUUCCAUUGAUAGCUUAAAAACCUCUUCACCAGAACCGGAAAUCGAACGGAUACUGGACAACGACCCGCAAUGCCCCCCGACGCCGGAAGCCACGAUGAACAGCCUCGUGUCGUCGUCGGACGGUGCAGCCACCGAGUCCGAAGCCGUUGAUUCCGCGGCGACCGUUAUCGAACAGGUGAAACCGGACUCUGGCCAUGACGAGAGCAAACGAGAAGCGUGAGUACGGCACUGAUACAAUUUCGGGCAACGCACGCACAACCAAAAUCACCUAAUUUCGCCCGCUCGUUCAUCGUGUGGUAGCGGCAUGCAACUAUAAAUCCACGGUAUCAGAAUUGCUGCAAACUUUUGUACAAAUUUUCAGGGUAGAUACGUAUCAUUUGUAGAUUAUUGUUUCGACUGGUAUGAGAAUGGAACCGCAUGAGAGCAGAUUGAAGAAUGUAAAUACAAACCAUUCAGUUUGUUUCUUUCAGUAUGAAUAAUUUAAUUUUCAGAUUGAUUUACAGAACCUUAUACAUUAUUAGAUGACAUGUGAAUGAGGAAUACAAGCAAUAUUUUGUACAUAACAGAAGUUUAGAUUAAAUAAAACUUAUCUCAAUGUUGUA